GUUAUCGAGCCAGCCAGUGUGCCAGCAGCAGCGACAAGAGCGAGACCAACCAAGCACAGACAGCACCCACCACUCAAACAAGUAGAGACAACACGCACCCUAUCCCCCUCAACCAACCAUGAACCCCCAGUACGAGGAGAUUGGCCGCGCGUUUGCGGAGCACUACUACAACAUCUUCCAGACCAACAGGGAGCAGCUCUUCACGCUGUACCAGGAUGACUCCAUGCUCACCUUUGAGGGCACCCCGGUGCAGGGCCAAGCCGACAUUGCCAAGAAGUUCCAGGCCCUGAGCUUCCGCAGCAUCCAGAUCAACUGCACCGCCAUCGACUGCCAGCCACGCCCAGACGGCACCAUCUUCGUUGCCGUCAUUGGUCAAAUUCAGGUGAGCCAACCGUGCCCACAACAGUGCAGCAACCCGCUCCACCUUUCGGUUCUGGACACGUGCGAACGUGCACCCUUCAUGUAGAGCACACAUGAGGAGGUUAUGUUGAGGAACGUGUGUUGCAUGCAAAGCCGUUUAUUUGACCUUUCUCCUUGUUCCUCUCUGCCCCUCCCCUAUCCUGUGUUCCCACUCCCCAAACUGCAUGACCCGCCUACUCACCACACCACCACAUCCCCAUUCUCCGCGUUCCUUUGCUGCGCGUUCCUUGUCACUCCCUCUUCUCUUCUCUUCUCUUCUCAUCUC